AUGGUUUGUUUUAAAAAUAGUGUUUUCAAGUCGAUUUGCGCUGCUCUUAUGUUAGCAGCCACUACCGAGGCUAUGAUGCCUAUCAAGAUUGUUGGUAGUAGAUUCAUUAAGCCUUCGUAUAACAAGACCGAUGAAGGUGAAGUAUUCUUCAUCAAAGGUGUCGAUUAUCAACCGGGUGGAUCUUCCGCUUACACUCAGGAUGGCAAGACAGACGUUUUGUCCGAUGCAAAUGUUUGUCUUAGAGAUGCUUUUGCACUUCAGCAGUUGGGUGCAAAUACAAUUAGAAUCUACACCAUCAAUCCCAGUAUUAACCAUGAUAAGUGCAUGUCAAUAUUUGAUGCCGCUGGAAUUUACGUGUUGGUGGAUGUUAACUCUCCUUUCUACAACGAGUCAUUAAACAGAGAUGAUCCUGAUACCUCUUACAACUACUGGUACAUUCAAAGGGUGUUCCAAGUGAUUGAUGCUUUCAAGGGAUACUCUAAUUUGUUGGGUUUCAUCAGUGGUAAUGAGGUUAUCAAUGAUGAAUCAUCCGCUAAGACUGUUCCUCCUUACUUGCGAGCUGUUCAAAGGGACAUGAAGCAGUACAUCUCUAGCAACGCAAACAGAACCAUUCCUGUCGGAUAUUCUGCUGCUGAUGUUGUUUCUAUGAGAGCCGCUACUUGGGAAUACUUCAACUGUAAUAUCGACGGUGAAGACGACGACGAUUCGAAGGCCGAUUUCUUUGGUCUCAACUCGUACGAGUGGUGUUCUGGUACCUCCGACUGGAAAUCAGCUGGUUACUCUGAUGUAAACAGCACUUUCCAGGAUGCUACCAUUCCAGUUUUUUUCACUGAGUAUGGUUGUAACAAGAAUACACCAAGAACUUUUGAUGAAGUCAGUGAAGGUGUCUUUGGAGGAUUAGUCAACACUUUGAGUGGUGGCUUGAUUUACGAGUAUUCCGAAGAAUCCUCCGAUUAUGGCUUGGUCGAUAUAUCUUCGGGUGAUUUGGAAAUGGAGGACGACUUUGCAAAUUUGAAAAGUCAGUACGCCAAUUCAUCCAUCCCUGUGAUCUCUUUGGAUGAGGUCGAAGAACCGGAUGUCUUCAAAUGUACCGCCAAAAACAUCACAUCUUUGUACUCUAAGUUUGAUGCUGAUUUCGAUCUUCCAAGUCAACCUGGUGGAAUUCCUAAUCUCAUUAAGUAUGGUGUCAAUAAUACCAAUAUUGGUAAGAUGGUUUCCCUCACUGAUAGGGCUACCAACUAUUCUAUCUCUAACAGUGAUGAUGAUGAGUACUCCAAUGUUUCUAUCUCUAUCGAUUAUCAUUAUACCAUAAGCAACUUGGACACUUCUGCAACCGCUGGUUCUAGUUCUGGUUCCGCUGCAGCUACUAAAACUUCUUCAUCCUCUUCUAAAGGCGAUGCCGUGGCUGUCGGUUCUCCUUCUUGCUUUGGUGCUCUUUUCGCUGCCGUUGGUUUCGGUGCUCUUGCCUUAUUGUGA